CUUUAUUUGAGCUCCAUUAUUCUCAAUAUUCUCUCUUUGCCUUUAUCUUUCUUGCUUUCCUUUGUUUCUCUCUCUUUAGCAAGAAGAGUAUUCUUCUCUCCACCUCCAAAUUGAUGUGAUUCUCCACUAACCAAAAACUUUACAAAAGAGAAUUUUUAAAGAUCAUUCAAGAAUUUAGCUAUGAAUUUUUCUUCAAUUCCAGCUUAUCUUGAUCCAGCCAACUGGCAACAGCAAGUUGGAGGUAGUAUCUCAAAUCAUCAUCAUCAGCUUCAAUCACCACCAUCUCAAACUGCACCACCGCCGCCAGUGCUUCCACCUCCCCAACCCCCACAGCCUCAUGGCGGCGGUGGUGCAGGUUCUAUCAGGCCGGGCUCGAUGGCUGAUCGAGCCCGGAUGGCCAACAUACCUAUGCCUGAGACAGCCCUAAAAUGCCCUCGAUGUGAUUCAUCAAACACCAAGUUUUGCUACUUCAACAAUUACAGUCUUUCGCAACCUAGACACUUCUGCAAGGCUUGCAAAAGGUACUGGACUAGAGGCGGUGCUCUAAGAAAUGUUCCUGUGGGUGGUGGUUGCCGGAGGAACAAAAGAAGCAGCAGCAACAGCAAGAGCGGCAACAACAAUAACAAUAAUUCAAAAUCUCCGGCUUCUAGCACUAGUACUGAUGGUCGUCAAGCUACUAAUAAUUCAGGUUCUACAAGCACAAUUUCAUCACAUAGCAACAGUUUUUCUGGCCCAGCAUCAGCAGCAAGUUUAUUAGGUCUUAUGACCCCUCAAAUUCCGCCUCUACGCUUCAUGUCGCCUUUAGGCCAAUUUAGCUCUGAUCAUCAUCAGCACCACAAUUUUACUCCGAGUAAUCACAUGAACCUGAAUUUUUCUACAAGUUGUGGUAACGUAUUAGGCGGUACCACUGAAGGCAUGAUGAUUAAUAAUAACAACAAUUUGCUCGGAGCUGGAGCUGGUGGUGUUGCUUCGCUUUUAUCAAGUGGAAACAUUGAACACUGGCGAAUGCAACAACAAAUGGCACAACAAUUCCCUAAUUUCUUAGGCGGAUUUGAUCCGUCUAAUUCGCCUUCUUCGGGUGUUAACAAUUAUCCGUUUCAAGGUGGUGUUCACGAAGCGGUACAAUUCCUUGCUGGUGAGGGUACGAGUCAAAUUAGCAGGCCAAAAAUCUCGACCUCAAUGCUAAAUCAGAUGGCUUCAGUGAAGAUGGAAGACAACAAUAACAAUAAUAAUGAAGAUCAAUCAGCUUUGUCAAGGCAAUUGUUGGGGAUUCAAGGAAACAAUGAAAAUUGGAAUACUGCUAGUGCUUGGAGUGAUCUUUCUGCUAGUUUUAGUUCUUCUUCCACUAGUAACGCCUUAUAAUAUAGAGUCGGCGUAAAAUGUUGUUCACUGGCAAAGCUGAUACUAUCUGCUUUAUUACUGAGCGGUCAUUCAGAGGUUUUAGCUGGUAAUCUGAAUUAUCUCACUAGUCGAUAUAUUUUAUGAGCGAAAGCUUCUAGUGAGGAUGGAAGCCGGACAUGGGGUACAAAAAAUCAAUCAUCUGAAAACCCUAGAUGUGGUAGUCUUUGUUAAAGUGUUUUCUUUAGAUUUAUUAAUAGUUUGCUAUGGUAAUGCAUGUGUUAGAACAUGUUUGGAGGUUGAGUGUACUUUUUCUUAAUUAGUUCUUUGUAGUAGCUUUUGUGUAGACAUGAAGGUCUAAUUUUCAAAGUAAUUGUCUUUAGGUGUUGGGAUGUAAAGGUGAUCAUAUGGCUAACAAUAUUUCUAAUGAUAUAUCAUCUUCAUGUUUGAAAUUUGACGGAA